UAUAUAUAUCGUAUAUUACAUAACCAUAAAAUACAUCUUAAAUUUUCUGAAAAUGAGAUAUGAAAGUUAGUUAUUGUUAAAAACAAUUGUGAAAUUCUAUUAAUUAUAAAGUGAUAUUAAUUAUAAAAGUGAUAAAAUAUUUAUAUCAUAAAAUAACUACUUGAAAAGAAUUUAAUUGUUUAAUUAAAUAAUAAUUUUAACCAUAUUAAUCAUAAAUAACAUUAUUUAAAUGGAAAUUAUUCGACAUACUCAAAAACUGAGUUAUAUAAUUUUACCAACAUUUUUAAAUUCAGUCUCUUUUCAUAUAAAAUAUGUACAUUCAAAUUCAACAAUGUCAAUUGUAACACAAGAAACAAUAAAGAAAAUAGAACAAUUAUCUUUACUCAAUCUUGAUAAAGAUUAUAGCAUUUCUGUUUUAAAAGCUGCAAUUAUUUUUACAGAAAAUUUACGCAAUACAAAGAUUGAUAAUAAAAUCAAACCUAUGUACAGUCCACUUGAAGAAAAAUCAAUUCUUUUACGAAAUGAUAAUAUAGAAAAUAAUAUAUCUAAACAAGAAAUUUUAAAGAAUGCUGCUAUUUUAGAAGAAGAAUAUUUUAUAACACCAUUGCAAAUUAUUUCAAAAACACAAUGAAUAUAGCAAAUAUAUUAAAAGAAUUAAGUCCAUAUUUUAUUAACUUUACAACACAAGGACUUAAAUAUGGACCUCAAGGUAAAAUGUUAUUGAAAAACCUUGAAGAACAAUGGUUUUUACAUUGUAUUACAAUGUCACGUUAUAAUAUGUUUCUAUCAGAUGAAUUUAAUGAUACUACAGACUUUAUUAUAAGAACUGAAAUGAGUGAUAUACCAUUUGGAUUAGCUACAAUAAAAAAUUCAAAAUAUCAAUGGGAUUCUAAUACAUUAACU